UCACAGGUGCCGCCCCGCCGCUCCAGCCGCCUCCCCCCGCCUCUCGCCCUCCGAGCGCGCCGGGGCGCAUGAGUGGCCACUCGGGGGAGGCCAGCGGCCCUCGUCGCCCCCGCCGCGUCCGGCCUUGGGCCGCGGGAGAAGAUGUCUUUGCGCAUCGCGCUGGCGGCGGGCAACGAACGCAAUUCCGAGCCGCACCAGCGCUGCCCGGUGGUGACCCUCGAGCCUGCCCCCCUGCCAGUGACGCCGCCGCUCUCCCCCCAGCCCUCCACCCUGGCCAGCAGCCGCUCCGAAAAGGGCUCGUCAUGGUCCAGCCGCUCGCUGGGCGCCCGGUGCCGCAACUCCAUCGCCUCCUGCCCUGAUGAGCAGCCCCACAUCGGCAACUACCGGCUGCUCAAGACCAUCGGCAAGGGCAACUUUGCUAAGGUCAAGCUGGCCCGGCACAUCCUGACCGGCAGGGAGGUGGCCAUCAAAAUAAUCGACAAGACGCAGCUCAAUCCAACCAGUCUCCAGAAGCUCUUCAGAGAAGUCAGGAUCAUGAAGGGACUGAAUCACCCCAAUAUUGUGAAACUCUUUGAGGUGAUUGAGACGGAGAAGACCCUCUACCUGGUGAUGGAGUAUGCCAGUGCCGGAGAAGUUUUCGAUUACCUGGUCUCCCAUGGCCGCAUGAAGGAGAAAGAAGCCCGGGCCAAGUUCAGACAGAUCGUCUCGGCUGUGCAUUAUUGUCACCAGAAGAACAUCGUACACAGAGACCUGAAGGCAGAAAACCUGUUGCUGGACGCGGACGCCAACAUUAAGAUAGCCGACUUUGGCUUCAGCAACGAAUUCACGCUGGGCUCCAAGCUGGACACCUUCUGCGGCAGCCCCCCCUAUGCCGCCCCGGAGCUCUUCCAGGGCAAGAAGUACGACGGGCCCGAGGUGGACAUCUGGAGCCUCGGGGUCAUCCUGUACACCCUGGUCAGCGGCUCUCUGCCCUUCGAUGGGCAGAACCUCAAGGAGCUGCGGGAGCGUGUGCUGCGUGGCAAGUACCGUGUCCCCUUCUACAUGUCCACGGACUGCGAAAACAUCCUGCGGCGCUUCCUGGUGCUGAAUCCGGCCAAGCGCUGCACCCUGGAGCAAAUAAUGAAGGACAAGUGGAUCAAUAUCGGCUACGAAGGGGACGAGCUGAAGCCUUACCGAGAACCCGAGGAGGAUUUUGCGGAUGCCAAGCGCAUAGAGGUCAUGGUGGGCAUGGGCUACAGCCGGGAGGAGAUCGAGGAAGCCCUGGCCAACCAGAAGUACAAUGAGGUCACGGCCACCUACCUGCUGCUGGGCCGGAAGAACGAGCAGGUGGAAGGGGGGGAGUCCCGCACCAGCAGCAGCCUCUCACUGGCCCGAGCACGGCCACCCAGCGAGGCCUCCAACGGCACCAGCAAGUCCUCCUCGCACACCAAGGGCCAGCGGAGCUCCUCCACGUACCACCGGCAACGGCGGCACAGCGAUUUCUGUGGCCCUUCCCCCACCCCCCUGCACCCCAAGCGGAGCCCCACCAGCACCGGGGACGGGGAGCUGAAGGAGGAGCGGAUGCCCUCGCGCAAGGCCAGCUGCAGCGUGGUGAGCAGCGGCCGGGCGGGCCUCCCGCCCUCCAGCCCCAUGGUGAGCAGCGCAAACAACCCCAACAAAUCGGAGAUCCCCGACCGGCGCAAGGACAGUGCAGUCAACACGAAUAACAUCCCGUCCAGUAUGAUGACCCGGCGGAACACCUACGUCUGCACAGAGAGGCCUGGGGGCGACCGCCCCUCCCUGCUCCAGAACGGGAAGGAGAACAGCUCAGGCGCCAGUCGGUUGCCCCCGGCCUCCCCCUCCAGCCACAGCAUCGCCGCUGCCGCCUCCUCCGACCGCACCCGGCUCUCUCGCGGCACCAACAUCCGCAGCACCUUCCACGGGGGCCAAGUGCGCGACCGGCGUGGCACCAGCGUGCAGAAUGGGCCGCCCCCCUCGCCCCCCCUCUCCCACGAAGCCCCCCCUCUGCCUCAGAGCCGCAGCCGGGCCUCUUCCAACCUGUUCAGCAAACUGACCUCGAAGCUCACGCGGAGGGUCGCAGACGAACCUGAGAGAAUCAGGGGACCUGCGCUCACAAGUUGCAAUCUACCUUGGCAUCAAAAGGAAGCAGAACCCCGGCUGCUCCGAUUUACCUGGAAUGUGAAGCUGACCAGCACCCGCUCGGCCGAGGCCAUCCUGGCCGCCCUCUGCCAGGCCACGGACUCUGCCAACUGCUGCCACCGCCAGACGGAGCCCUUCGUCCUCUCCUGCACCCACGGGAAGAGCGCCAGCGAGCACUUCUGCUGCUUCGAGGUGGAGGUCUGCCGGCUGCAGCGGCUGGGGGGGCUGCACGGGGUGCUUUUCCGGCGCCAGGCUGGCACCUCCCUGGCCUUCCGCAGCCUGGUGGCCAAAAUCACAGACCAGCUGCAACUCUAGGGUGGCCCGGCCUGCUCCGUGCAUUGACUGAUCCCCAGGCUGGGGAGCCUGUGGCCCCGGGGCCCUCCAGUUUCCCUCCGGGGCCCAGGCCCACCCCUGCUGCCGCGGGACCAGCCACUGCCACCCUGGAAGGUGCCUGCCAGCUUCUCACUGGUGCUAGGAGGGGCAGGGGGGAGGAAGGGGCGCUGGCAGGGCAGGGCGCUGGCCCCUCCCCCAGCCUCUCAUUGGGGGGGGAAAGGCUGGCCGGCCUUCCCUUUCCCCGAGUCACGUGUGGGGAACUGCAGGCGAGGCCCCGGGGCCCUCCUGCUCCACCCGAUGUACAAAGGGGGCCACCGGCGGGGCCCUUUCACUCGCCACCUCUCUGCCAUCUCACCUCCAGGAGCCAAAGUGCUUUCGUUUCCCCAAAUGGGGGGGGGGACCUUGGGGCUCGCCCAUUGAGUGUCCUGCCUCCCUUUCCUGGCACCCACAAAGGCUGACACCCCCCCCCAUCCCGGCUCCACUCUGGCUGGAGAGCUGGUGGGAAGAGCUGCUACCCCCCUCCCCCCCAAGAAUGCAAACAUCCUGCAGGUGGUCCGGUCCGUCCAGCUUUCGGUGGCAGCGCCAUUCGCACCUGACCAGGUGGGCAGCUGUGCCCUCGGGCACUUUGGGCAUCGGAGGCCUUCCCGCCCAAAGGCCUGCAGGCCAGGAGGCCCCGGGGGACCCCCUCACCUCGUGGCCGGACUAAGAACCGAAUGGGAAGCCCCCCCUCGGAAGGGGCUGGUCCUCCCGAGUGGGUGGGGGAGGGGCCCUGCUGGGCCUCUCACUGGGGUGGGCAGGUGUUGGCGCUGCUUUGGUGCAGCUGGAGGGCCGUGGUGGGUGGCGGGUCGGCAGCCCUCAACCCCGAGUUUGGGCCCAGCCGUGGGAGGGAGCUGCCGGGCAGCCGGGUCCGGGCUUGCGGGGGGGAGCUGUUUGGCUAGGCGGAGGCAGCCGCUGCUGGGAGAGUUGGCAGCUCCGGUGGGGGAAGCUGCAGGGCCCCCCUCCCUCCCUCCCUCCCCCCUCCGGCUUUCCUUUGUUUCCUGGGUGCCCCCGCUGUGACUGUGCCCCUCCCCUCCAAUCUGGCCUCUUGGGUGCCCCCCACUUGUACAGACCCCCUGUAAAUAGCGGUCCCUUGGUCCCGUGUCGCUGGGCAGAUAUAUUAAGCGCCACCUUUUCACCUCUGGACGAUGUAAGUUAUUCCGGCCCCAAAUGACGCCCGUGUCCAACCCCAAAUAAACGUGGAAACUCUCGUGGCU